AUGAACGGUUUCUCUUUGGAUCAGUUCACACUCGUCAGAGACACUUUCAGCACCGCGUUUGUCAAGAACCUGAUCGUGGUUCUGGUCUGGAUCAUCCUCAGUUACAUCAACGGCAGCUUGGUGGUCACCUUCUUCAGACACCAGACGUUUUAUGAAGACCCUCGCUACAUCCUCUUCAUCCACAUGGUGAUCAAUGACGCCGUCCAGCUGACCGUCACCAUCACGCUCUUCGUCCUCAGCUACAUCUUCUACAGGAUCAACGUCUCGUUCUGCUGCUUCUUCAUCCUGGUGGCAGUCUUCACCACCAGGAACACCCCGGUCAACUUGGCCAGCAUGGCCAUCGAGCGCUACGUCGCCAUCUGCUGGCCUCUCCGACACCACCAGAUCUGCACCGUGAGGAGGACCUACGCGGUGAUCGGGUUGAUGUGGUUCGUAUGCGCGGCUCCGGCUAUCACUGAUCUGUUUGUGACGCUGGCUACGGAGUCCCUGAGCUUCUUCCACGAGUCGGUGUUCUGCUUGAGGCCGAACGUGUUCAAAGACCCGAUCCUGGCCCGCAAACGACUAGCCUUUGACAUCAUCUACUUCUCCUGUGUGUUCCUCACGCUGGUCUUCACCUACUUGCGGAUCCUGUUCGCGGCCCGGGCCCUCUCCACGGAGAAGGUGUCGGCCCAGAGGGCCAGGAACACCAUCCUGCUCCAUGGGGCCCAGCUGGCCAUGUGCAUGCUCUCCUACGUCUCUCCUAGCGUGGAGAUCGUCCUGCGUCUGAUCUUCCCCGGACGAGUCCUAGAAAUCAGAUUCGUCAACUACCUGAUCGUUUACAUCCUGCCGCGCUUCCUGAGCCCGAUCGUCUACGGCGUCAGAGACAAACAGUUCAGGAAGUACCUGAAGAUGUACCUUCUGAGGAACAGGUGCCGGGUCAAGCUGCAGACGGUGUCCCCGCAGUUCAAAGAGGACACGUCCUAG